AUGUCGGUGCAUUCGACCUCCUCGGCGUCGGCAGCCUCGAUUUCGACGACGAUGAGCUCAUCAACUGUCGCGAUAGGAGCUGCGACGCUAUGCAUAGCCUUACCGUAUCUUUCGUCGCUGCUGGGAUCACUCACCGCAGCUCAGCGCAUUGCACUAGCUGUGCUCGUCUACUUGGCACUGUCUGCACGUUCGCAACACCGCUCCUCGAAGCGAUUCCAGGUCCAACCUCCUGCAUCCGCGGACAGGCACUCUCAUCACCACUCCGAGCCAGCAACUAAUGUCAGCUUGCGAACGGUGCAUCCGUCUCGGACGAGGUCUUCUUGGCCAUCGACCUCAGCGACACAAGGAUCCACUACCGCACAGCAAGCUCUGGUGCCUCGAAAAGACGGCACUGUCGCGGAGAAGGUCGAGUUCGUCCGUAGUGAGCAAUGUCCACAACUGGCCGAUGCAUGCUAUCUCGAUGCAGCAGCAGCUCCUCCUUUCCCCACCGGCCUUGUGCAGGCGGUCGCCGAGGAUGUCUCGUCGAAACUGCUGUCGAACCCGCAUUCAAAGUCGCCCUCGGCGAUUGCGACCGCGGACCACAUCACAGCGACUCGCAUGCGGGUGAUGCACGAGCUGUUUGGCAUUCGAGACACCCACAACUGGCACCUCGUCUUCACAGCCGGCACGACGGCCAGCCUCAAGCUCGUGGCCGAAUCUAUCGACUGGGCAUCGCUGCAAAGCUCAUCCGACCCACACGCUCGUUUUUCGUACCUGCGUCAGAGCCAUACGAGCGUGGUGGGCAUGCGAGACCUCGCCGCCCGCGCUGGCGUUUCGAGCUCGACGUUCAGCGAAGAGGAUGCAGACGCCGUGGCUGGGCAGGCAGGACUCGUGGCUUUGCCGCUGCAGUGCAACGCUACGGGCCGACGAUACUUUGACCUCAUGAAGCGCAUUUGCCGAACCAAGGCCGACGGAUCGCUGGUGCUGUUGGACGCCGCAUCGUACCUCUCCUCAUCGACCCGACUAUAUUUGUCACAGCUGCACGCCGACGAGCUGCCGGACAUGGUGGCCUUCUCGUUCUACAAGAUCUUUGGCUAUCCAACCGGCAUUGGCGGGCUGCUCGUCAAGGCCUCAGCUGCACCCCACCUCGGCGGCAAGACGUACUUCGGUGGCGGUACCGUCGACGCGAUCCUCGCCGAGAGUGCGUGGACCAAGCCACGGCGCGAGUUCGAAGCGCGCUUCGAGGACGGCACGGUGAACGUACACGGUAUCCUCGCCGUGAACAGGGCGCUGGACUACUAUGCGCAGAGCUUCGGCGCGUGGGAUGCACGACGAGAGUACGUGGCCGGUCUGAGCGACAAGCUGGUCUCGGCACUGACGGGGUUGCGGCAUGGCAACGGCAAUGCUGUUGUGCGGAUGUAUCGGGAUGCAGACGUGCGUGCAGAAGGGUUCGGACCGAUCGUCAACUUUAACCUGCUUACGGCAACGGGUGCGAUCGUUCCGCCGCAAGAGGUGGAUCGUCUGGCGAGUAUCAGCAAUAUCCACAUGCGCAUGGGGCGACACUGCAAUCCGGGGUUCGUCACGACGCAUCUGGGCAUCCCUGCGUUGCGGCUCCAGCAAGAGUAUGCGGAAGGUGCUGGAUGCGACGAUGCUGGCGACGCAGCACUGGAGGGGGGUUUGGUAUCGGCGUCGGUGCGCGCGAGCCUGUGCCUGCUCAAUACGGAGGAAGACGUGGAGCGUCUGGUGGGGUUCGUUGCGCGCUUCUUCCUCUCGCCGCAUCCGGCUCCUACGCUCGCACCGAGCGUACAGGCUCAGAGAGGGCUGCAGAGGCGGUUCGAGCUGGCGAGCAUCACGGUGUAUCCGAUCAAGUCGUGCGCGGGGCAGGAGCUUGCGCGUGGCGAGGCAUGGCAGCUCACCCCGCACGGGCUCCAAUUCGACCGCGAAUGGAUCGUCAUGAAUCUCGCCAAUGGCAAGACGCUCAGCCAGAAACGCUUUCCCAAGAUGGCGCUCAUCCGGCCGCGCAUCGACACGCAUACCCGGCAGUUGGUCAUCACCAUUGCCGGCACGUCCUCGCGCUUUGCGGUGUCAUUCGAUGAUGAUGGGCAGUAUAGCGACUCGAAGGGUCAGGCAACGCAAGUGUGUGGAGCGGAGAUCUGGCCACGCGCACACACGAGUCCAGCGCUGCGGAGCAUGCUUAGCGAGUUGCUGGGCGUAUCGUGUACGCUGGCAAGACAAGCCAGUGGCAUCAGCAGACACUCGAAGCUCCCCACCGCCACGAGCAAGGUGCCGUUGAUCUUUAGCAACGAGUCGCCGUUCCUGCUGAUCAACUCGGCCUCGGUAGCGCGUGUGGGCGAGUGGAUGCAUGCAGCCGCCCACCCGGGCACGGAAGAUCUAGCUUCCGAUUCGGGCUACUCGUCUGCAUCCCACUCCACCGACCCGACGCCGACCAGCGCACAAGCAGCAAGUUUCCGUGCCAACUUCAUGAUCUCCUCGGCGGAUGGUAAAGAGGGCAAGGACGCUUUUGUCGAAGAUGGCUUGUCGAGGGUCGUGAUCGGGGGUAAGCAUGUUUUCGGCGUGCUGGGCGAGUGCAGACGAUGCCAGAUGGUGUGUGUGGAUCAAAAGACGGGCCAAGUCAAGCCACAGACACUCAAGACCCUCGCAAGGUGGAGGAGAAACGCACGGGGUCGAAUCAUCUUUGGCUCGCACCUGGCUUGGCUCCCCGACUUGGCACCGUCGGCAGCCGCGCCGGACGAGGCCAACCAGGUCUGGGUCGGCAUGGACGUGAUCGCAUCUUAG